GAGCGAGCGAAGGGUCGCGGCGGGAUCUUGGUCGGGGAGGGGGCCCAUCUGAUCAUAGCCUAGCGGGUUGGGGCUCUGGCUUCUUCCCGCUCCCAAUCCUUAACGCUCUUGGUAAUUGUGAUGACUAAAAUAUUUCUAUAUCCUGCUUCCCCAGUGCGAUCCUGCCUCAAGAUGUGGUGAUCGCGUUCGCACGGGCUGUACAAAUUCUUGGAGACUGGAUCUACCAGUGGCCAUGUUAACUGUGUCAAGCUCCAUGUUCAGAGUUGGCAUCCUUCUGAAUGCCAGCUGUUGGGGCAACACUUAACACUGGGUGGAUCUUGCUUUUGUGCCCUGCUUGAAGCUUCUCUGGAGCUUAUGGCUGCACGAGAUGGACCCACGUUCUGAUCCAGCAGGGUUGCUUCUGUGGUCUCAAAUGGGUUGGAGGGCCAAACUGCACAGAUUCCCAGGAAUAUCUGUUUGUUUUUUUUCCACUGAAUUGUGUGCCUUCUUGGCACAAUAUCAAUGUUAAGUGUGGUAGGCAGUAUUGUGGACUGCACUGGAGAUGCUGCAGGGAAGACAGGGCACAAAGUUCCAGGAAAUGAGUGGAUUUUCCAGCAGACAGGUCUCUUAUUCUUCUCCACUCCUGCUCACUUGCUGUGUGUGGACUGCUCCAACUUUUUUUAUAUUAGUGAUGUUUGAUAGACAUGAUUAGGAUCAUAAUGUAAGGUUCAAAGGUUAACACUUUACCUUCCACAAAGUUGCACGAGGACUGUGUUGGUGUGUUCUUAUCUUCAGCUAUGCAACUCUUAUGGUAGAGUCUGAUUUUUACAAAAAGAAUGGAUCUUGUCUGGAUUUUUCAGGUUGUGAGUCUUAGUUUGGAAACUGUGGAUCACAAGCUGCUUCCAGUCUGUGUAGACAAUACUGAGCUAGAUGGACCAAUGGUCUGACUCAGUAUAUGGCAGCUUCCUAUGUUCUUCAGCUAGUAGCUAACUUCUAUCCACUGGCAUUUGAGUGUAAUACAGUCCUAGUGAGUAUAUUGUCCCAUCUCAGGAGCUUGUUACAUUGCCUGUUUGAACUGGGUACUUGGUGCCUGAAGCAUGCCUAAUGGGUUUUGGCUAGUUUUACCUGUCAGAGAAAUCCAGAGUGGUUGUUUGUUAAUGGCUCUGUUGCUCCCUUGUUAUAGGUAGUAGUAUGUCUGACAAGUCAGAACCCUUUUUGUUCAGUGUCGGAAAUGGGAGGUUAAUGGAAUUUGAAUUAAGUCAUUUGUAUAAUAUAACUUUGCUUGUAUAUUUGGUGCUGGCUGCAACUCUAUGUCCUCAUCCAUAUUGUGCCUAGACUGAGUCAGAUCUGUCAGCCCCUGAGUCAGAUCUGUCAGCCCAUGAAAUGCGAACUUUGAAACAGGAGAUGGUUUGUGUGUUGUGGUAUUUUUGUUGCAAAUUGUUUGUGAAUGAACUGUUCUGUAUGUGUGUAUGUACUUGGCUUUGGGAAUUAGUUUUGCAUAAGGAUAAUUGACAAUUCUUGGCAAUAUAAUGUAUUGGUUAUAUAUAUAUUGCUAAUAUGUGAAAAUAUUUUAAUAUUUUGGCUUUGUUUGCUAGUAGUAAUGACAGUGAGAAAAACUGUGUCUUCAAAAGUCUAUGGCUGGCUGGAAAAAAAAAUAGGGUUAGCAUGGCACUAAUCUGAGCAUCAUUCCUCUAGAGAUCUGUGGUCUGAUCCUGGCUGAAGGGGCUUGACUGUCAAUAGGGAAGCUGGACCCUGAACUGCAAUGUUCUGUUAUGAUGUGUGGUGAAAGGUUUUGUUCCUAAUGGUGAUGAAGAACUAAGGUCUGUCAUGUCUAGUUUGGGCUGAACAGGGAGAUGAUUGACCAUAUGAACAAUGUGUAAGACAGCUUUGUUGCAUCCUGACAAGCUGAAACAAACAGGAGACCUGCUCUCGCAGUCUCCCAGUAUUCACUGAUGUUGUGGACUUCAGCAUGAUGAAACCAGGGUCCUUUAUCUAAGUCACCUCAUCAAAAGUUCUGUAGCAGCUCAACGCUAGAAUGGAAGAAUCUCACUUCAACUCCUCUCCGUAUUUCUGGCCAGCAGUGCCCACCGUCUCAGGACAGAUUGACAACAGUAUGUUCAUUAACAAGAUGAAGGAGCAACUGUUGCCCUCGGAGAAGGGCUGUGGCCUGGCUCCCCCGCACUAUCCUACGCUGCUGACAGUACCCACUUCUGUGGCUCUGCCCACCAACAUCUCUAUGGAUUCUGACACCAAGCCAGAACAGCUCACCCCACACAGCCAGGCAUCUGUGACGCAGAACAUCACUGUAGUGCCUGUGCAGUCUGCUGGGCUCAUGACAACAGGUCCUGGCCUAGUCAUCACGUCUCCCUCUGGGUCGCUGGUAACCACAGCCUCUUCUGUGCAAACCUUUCCCAUCUCGGCACCCAUGAUUGUUUCAGCACUUCCCCCUGGCUCCCAGGCAGCUCUCCAAGUUGUACCUGACCUUUCCAAGAAAGGGGCUGUUGCCCUUUCAGACAGUGGCGCAGCCAGUGGUGCCGGGGGUAUAACCCCCAAAGCUCCCAGAGGUCGAAAAAAGAAACGGCUGCAGGAAUCUGGCCUACCGGAGAUUAGUGAUCCUUUUGUGUUAUCAAACGAAGAUGACGAAGACCAGCACAAGGAUGGCAAGACAUACAGGUGCCGGAUGUGUUCCCUGACCUUCUUCUCCAAGUCAGAGAUGCAGAUCCACUCCAAGUCCCACACGGAGGCAAAGCCGCACAAGUGCCCGCACUGCUCCAAGAGCUUCGCUAACAGUUCCUACCUGGCCCAGCACAUACGCAUCCACUCAGGGGCCAAGCCCUACACCUGCAGCUACUGCCAGAAGGCGUUCCGCCAGCUCUCCCACCUACAGCAGCACACACGGAUCCACUCCAAGCUCCACACGGCGAUUGUCAAGCCGCACAAGUGCCCUCACUGCUCCAAGAGCUUCGCCAACACGUCCUACCUGGCCCAGCACCUCCGCAUCCACUCGGGGGUCAAACCCUACACGUGCCGUUACUGCCAGAAGGCGUUCCGCCAGCUCUCCCACCUACAGCAGCACACACGGAUUCAUACAGGAGACCGGCCCUACAAAUGCGCUCACCCUGGGUGUGAGAAGGCUUUCACACAGCUCUCCAACUUGCAGUCCCACAGACGGCAGCACAACAAAGACAAACCUUUCAAGUGCCAUAACUGCCACCGUGCGUACACAGAUGCCGCCUCGUUGGAGGUUCACCUGGCCACCCACACGGUGAAGCAUGCCAAGAUCUACAACUGCUCCAUGUGCAAUCGGGCCUACACCUCGGAGACCUACCUGAUGAAGCACAUGCGGAAACACAACAUCCCUGACCCCCAGCAGCAGGUGGCUGUGGUCCAGGCGCAAGUGCAAGCGCAGGUCCAGGCUCAAGCCCAGGCGGCAGCGCAGCAGCAGCAGCAGCAGCAACAGCAGCAGCACUUCCAGUCGCAGGCGGGUGGGGCGGCAGGGGGCCCAUCUGGAGACAACCCUCCCAACCCCCCGCCCCAAUGUUCCUUUGACCUUACCCCUUACAAGACUUCAGAGCAUCAUAAAGACAUCUGUCUCACAGUGAGCACUAGCACCAUCCAAGUGGAACACCUAUCCAGUUCCUAGAGACCUUGGCGUAGGGGAGUGGAAAACGUCUUGUGCAUAAUGGAUGCCCAAGGGCAUUUCUUGUGUGAUGACCUCUCUCAUGCAACAACCUCUGGCCUUGUCGACUACAGCUUCCCUUUUGGGGGAGGGGGGGUUAUAUCCCUUAAGUGGCCACCUCUUGGCUUGACCAUUAGUGCCUCAAGAGGUACAGCAGCAUGCCCUAAAUGUGUUGGGGUGGGGGAGCUCCCUUCUUGUGAGGAGUCCUCUGCUUCAACGAGUACCUUUGGCAUAUCCAGUGAAAGCUCCCAUGGUCUCCUUGUAUUAGGCAAAAGGAGCACCUUCGGAUACCUAGCAAGCCGAUGAGAAACAAAGGAAAGCUCGUGGGUGGGAGGGGCUUCACCGUUGACUAGUUCCAGGUGAAUGCGAGUGCAUAGCAGUCUCCUGAAUGUUUCCCUUGGGGUGGGUGUGGAGUGGAGAACAUUUGCUCUCUGUCCCGCCUCCUCAUGAGGGGGGGGAGGACUUGCUUCCUGCUCCAUCCAGUUCUAGCCACCCAUCUACCCAUCUUGCACAAACCCAUGAGGAUGGGGAAGCGAGGGGUAUUGCUGGGGCCUGAGAUGUGCCUGGACUUGUGAGUGAGCCUCACCGAGCGCUGCAGAUGACGACGUGGGGGCUAGCUGUCCUUGUCAAGCGCAGGAGGAAUUUGGGGCAGGCUGCCACUCACACCAUUCUGUAGCUCAAGCUCCGCUGCAAUUAGAAGCCCGCUGCAGGCAGAAAGAGACAGUCUGAACCAAAAAAAGCAGUGGGUGGUAAGAGUGCCAAAAGGAUCAUGGUCCUCACCCCCAGAGAGAAGGACCAAGGGGACGGUCUGAUCUUCCUCCCCCCAAUAUCACACGCUGCCACACCAGGCUAGGAGACCUUUUUGAGGGGGGCAGUGGGAAAGGGAACUGUUGAGCUGCUCCUCUCAACGUAUCAUCCAGAUGCUUCCUUCACUCUCCUCAUUGCCAAGACAGCCUGAACUCCAGAGGGGGCUGUCGUGGCGACCGUUGGGCGGCAGUUGCCAGAGGAAUCUUCCCGAAGUGGACAGUGACGAAGAGGCGGCAAUGGAAGUAGCCACCCUGCACAGAGAGAGACCAAUGAGAUUGGGGGCAAUCCCCAAGACUAGACUCAAGCCCCCUCCCCCAAUGAAUUUAUAUAUAUAUAUACAUAAAUAUAUAUAGAUAUCUAUUCACCCCCCCCAACCCCACCCAGCCUGCUCUGUCCUUGCUGUAACUGUUUCUAUCUGUGUUUUAUAAAAUGCAUUAUUCUUGCACACUUUUAUUUUCAAUCCUUGGUUUUUACCCCUCUUGCUCAUUUGCAUUUUUCAUCUUCAAGUUAUUUCCCUGUUUUCUUUUCUCCUCCCCCCCCCACCCCGCCUCUUUUUAAUCUUGUGGUUUCCAACGCUAUCAUUCAGUGUUCUGAUUAUCACUUGGAUCACAGAGGCAGAAAACAAGGCAGGAGAAAGUGAAUUGGGAUUUACACCAAAAGAUGCAGAGCCCUAGUGGGCAUAUACAUGCCAAGGGUGGGAGGGGGUGUUGGGAAGAACUGUGACUCUUUAAACUAUUGGUGCAUAAGAAUAAACUGCUUCAGAUGCCUUUCUCUGUGGACAAAGGUGCUGGCAAUUCUUGGCAGAAGCUGUGUGUCCAGGGCCAGCAUGUGGGAAUUGCAUGUUCAUCCCCUCUCCCCAUCAGAGAGUGAGCCUAACAGGAAUGUUGCCGGCUGCCUUCUAUGCAAACUGUGGUGUUUCUGUGGCACAAAGUGGCUGCUGUGUGAAGACAAGUUCAUCAGUGACCUUGGAAACUGGCACACACUUUGGUUAGACCAGGACUGAUGGACAUUCUCCACUCACCCACCACCUACAUAGAACCCCAUUGUGAUCAAAAGGACCAGGUGCAUGGGCAUUUCAAGAUGGCUCAGUUGCAGGGAGAGAGAGAAGUGUGUGGCUCGCUGGCUUUCUGGGUCAGGUAUGGGUAUGAUUACAAUGUGUUCUAGCACUUCAAGGACUGAGUAUGUGUGUGCGGGGGGGGGCAUAAUCCUGCACUUGCUUCCUUUCAGGGCAUGAAUUACUUGAACCUUGGGUAGUUCGAGGGCAGUGUUCAUUGUUGCAAGCAUUGUAGGUGCUAGUGGAGUUCUGUCCUUCCCCCGCCCAGCUGUGCAUCAGGCAGAAAUGGAAUGGUUGGAAUUGAGCUGUUGCUUGAGAAUUGUGUGACAGCUGUGAUCUUGAGUGGUAACUAAAAUUGUCCGCUAAUGAUCAUCCACUGUAUUGGCACAACAGUGGUAUAUUCCCUACGACUCCUUGUAUGCACUUGGCAGUAGGCCCUUCUGUUUCUGAGAAACGGUGGUGGUGGUAUGUGCCAGAAACGGGAGCAAAGGCCUCCCUUUCUCCUUCAAGACAUGAUGAUAGCUGGAUCAGCCGUGACCAAUGCAGUAGUGGUGGUCUUUCCGUGACAGGUCAGUGGCAAAUCCCACGUUGUGUGCUGGCAGUAAGGUUUGCAUUGGAACUAAAACCAAUAUAUGAGAACACCAUUGAUGCUUUUGGCAUACAUCUAGUUUCUUCCCUUUUGAUUAUGGCCUAUGGUGAAACAGGUAUUUGGACCGGCAAAACCCGUUUGGCCACACAGGAGCAGAGAAAUGUGUGUACCAGAAGCAUCGGUGGUGCUCAUUCUGCUUUCAGGUCUCCAAAAUAUUAUCAUCUAUGCAUCACUUCUGCACAGGGAGUAAGGAAAAUGUGUAUAGUGACUUGUGGGGUGGACACAAAGGAGGGAGGGGAGUGUGAGGAUACAUGCCCUCAUGUGCACUCAACGUUAUGGGGUUUGUCAGGACUGAGACCUUGCAGACUCUAAAGAUGUCUUACCUGGAUGAAAUGCAAACAGCCAUAUCUCACGCUAAUCUUCACUGCAGACGUUAUUUGGGGGGUGGGGGUGGGGGAAGCAGUGCUCCAAGCAUAGGAGCAUGCAGGACCCUUAAUGCAGUAUGAACCUGGGAGUGAGAAUGGUGGGGUUUUUGCACAUGUUGGGAAGCUAGAGAGCAUCACAGAGCUCCCAGUAUUGAAGCCUGAGUGUAAGUACAAGAGUUCCAUCUGUUAGUCCUGUGGGAGUGCUGCAGUCUGUCGGGCUGAGAAGGAGUGGACUAUAAGAAUCAUUCUUGUGUUUGGGGACACCCUUUUCCUUUGCUGGUACUCCUCCCCCGCCUCCAUUUCUCCUGCCCCCUCUGAAGCUUUUUGCUCAGCUUUCCCGCUUCUAAGCUACACCAAACAGGAAAACGAUUUGAGAGAAAUGAAAGUGAGAAAACACAGGUCCCUUUAUGCUGAAUACAAAAGUACUUCUCCAUAGAUGGAGUCAAGGUUAGGGUAGCCAAUGAAAACCUACCAAGUUAAGAAAUGCCACAUGUUGAAGGCACUGGGCAAUUUUUGUGUUACUGGAUAUUUUUCCGUCUUCAUUGAAGAGAAGUGUGCCAGUGGAAUUUGGGUUGCUGAAUAUUAAGGCGACUAUUUCCUGUUUGCUCAUACCUUUGAAACUACCACGUUGGUUCAGCGUGAGUUACUUUCAGCUGCUCCAAGAAGCUUUCAUGUUGCAUUUUCCCAGGAGGAGAGAGGGGUAUUUUAAAUUUCCAACCUUAAUAUUGCAUUAGAACUUUUUGUAUUUAAUUUCAUUACUUUUUUUAUAAAAAAGAAAGAAAGAAUAAACUCCAGAAGCCCACUUAACCCUUA